AAGCUCCAUGGCUUCACAACCUUGCUCGGCUGAUAUGGACUUAAUCCAACGCGGACGAACGCGGUGAUCGAUGUCGCCAAGCUUUAUGUGCCUCUUGUGCACUAUCAAUGGAUCACACAAUCCAAACAUCACUGACCAGAUGUUUGGAGAAUGAGGAUAUAAGGCAGACGUAGCAGCACAGGAUCUAUUUCUAUCUACCACUCAACAUUAGCUUACCAUCACUCAACAUCAGUUCACCAUCACUCAACAUCAGCUUACCAUCACUGUCAAAAUGUCAACCAACAAGUACGCAGCAUCCCAUUUGUCCACCAAGGGACCAGGUGAUGCUCGUCCUACCGCAUACGAUAUUCUCAAAGAUGAAGGCCUCGAAGGCAAGCUCUCCGACAAAGUCUUCCUCGUCACUGGCGCCUCAGCCGGCAUUGGCGUGGAGACAGUAAAGAUCCUCGCUAAGACCGGUGCAACUGUAUAUGCAGCUGCCCGAGAUCUGAAGAAGGCAGAAAAGGCCUUGUCUGGAAUCGAAGGCAAGAUUGAGUUGGUUACUUUGGAUCUCGCAUCGUUGGCCAGCGUGCGAAAGGCCGCGGAUGAUGUCUUGAAGCGCACUGGCGGCAAGCUCAACAUCCUUGUAAACAAUGCUGGAGUCAUGGCGAUUGCAUCGCGCACUCUCACUACCGAUGGAUUCGAAGCUCAGUUCGGCACAAACCACCUAGGCCAUUUCCUCCUCUUCCAGCUCCUCAAGUCGGCCCUCCUUCGCUCGUCUACACCAGACUUCCAAUCUCGCGUCGUUGUGCUCAGUUCUUCCGCUCACCGCCUCUCCAGCAUUCUGCCCGACGACUACAACUUUGAAAACACACCCUACAACGACUUCAUCGCGUAUGGCCAGGCCAAAACUGCCAAUCUCUAUAUGUCCAACGAAAUCGAACGGCGCUACGGAGCAAAGGGCCUCCACAGCCUUGCCGUCCAUCCUGGUGGGAUCAUGACGGAGUUGACCCGACACCUGUCGUCUGAUUUUCUGGAAAACUUUUCCCAAAACAAGGAGCUUGCGGCGAAUCUGAAGUCCAUCCCCCAGGGCGCGGCGACGACCGUACUGGCUGCAAUCGGCAAAGAGUACGAGGGUGUCGGGGGCAAGUAUCUAGAAGAUGCUGGAGAGUGGGGCCCGGUGGAGGGCGACGACUCGAAUGGGCUUGACACGAAGCCUGGACACGCUAAGUGGGCGUUUGACCAGGAGAAAGCAGAACAGCUAUGGAAGGACUCGUGCAAAUUCGUUGGCGUUCAGGAUGACUGAGCUUCAAUCCGAGCUCACCAGGAAGAUUUGGUCUUGUAUUCGUGCACUUUUCAUAUGUGACUGUCUUUGGCAGGUUGGUCAUAGAGAGGAGCAAUUACAAUGCCUACGAGCGGUAUGUAAUCAGCGUAUUCAAAGACAGUAAAGAACUUGCAUGUUGAAAGAAUUGAUUGACAACCUCGUCAGCUCUACAAAGAUGUGAAUGUGAACUAAGAGUGCGCUCACUUGGGGAGAGUAUAGUACACUUGCUUUUUAAACCAAGCUUAAGUAAGAUAUAUCAACUCCGAUCCAUGUUUCAGCAUUUCGCUUCCAAAGAACACAAAGUAUGUGUCUUCGGCUCCUGUUUUACCUACUUUAAGGACUAACAAUACUACUUCAUGAGUCUGUGAACAAUUUUUUUUCUUGCGGAAUUUCUUUUCUGAAAAUGUGAGGCGAUGGUAGC